CUAAAAUCUGGCAUCCUUGAAUAAUAUUGCGACUUUUUAGCGCUUCUUUCGCACUGCAGGUCAAAAAAAAAAAACAGCCGCGUCGCUAGUUUUUAACAUGCCAUCUUAUCGCUUGGAGCAAGCCUCCACCGGCAGAGCUGGCUGUCAAAACAAAGAAUGCAAAGACGAGAAGGUCAAGAUCGCCAAAGGCGAGCUCCGGCUCGGCACCUGGGUUGACACCGAGCGCAUCCAGGCAUUUCUCUGGAGACACUGGGGCUGUGUAACGCCCAGAAUCAUUGCUAGUCUCAAUGAAACUCUUGGGGAAGAUGACGAGAAGGAUUACGAACAGCUAGAUGGCUUCGAAGAUCUUACUCCCGAAAAUCAGGAGAAGGUCAAGAAGGCGCUGGAACAGGGCCAUGUUGAUGACAAGGAAUGGAAGGGGGUAUGCAAAUCCUUUUCUUAUGUCCCCUUCCGAUUGUUAUUUUCUAGACUCGGUGCUGCGUUCUCAAUUCCAAGUGCUAACAGAUAUAGGAUGUUGAAAUGAACCGUCCCGGUAAGAAUGGCUUCCGCAAGCGUGGAUCAAAGAAGAAGGCGGCUGCCGCUGAGGUUUGUCUCACCAUCGUUACCAUGUAACCCAUAUGCAAGCUUUCUAAACCAAGUAUACAGGAGAGCGAAGCUGAAGAAAAGUCUCCUGAGCCAAAGACCAAGAAGCGUAGUCGUCAG